AAAAAAAAAAAAUUUCAACUUUGUAAAAAUGUCGACGGCAGGACAGGUUAUUAAGUGUAAAGCAGCAGUAGCUUGGGGUCCAGGUCAACCGUUAAUCAUUGAAGAAAUAGAAGUUGCACCACCAAAGAAAGGAGAAGUUCGCGUCAAGAUAUUGGCGACUGGAGUUUGCCAUACGGACGCGUAUACAUUAUCUGGCAAAGAUCCUGAAGGGGAAUGGUGGCCAAUAGUUUUUGGACAUGAAGGAGGUGGUAUUGUAGAAUCAGUUGGCGAAGGAGUGACAUCAGUUCAACCGGGAGAUCAUGUAAUUCCAUUAUAUAUCCCUGAAUGUGGUCAAUGUAAAUUUUGCAAAAGUGGAAAAACUAACUUGUGUUCCAUAGUUAGAUCAACUCAGGGAAGAGGAUUGAUGCCGGAUGAAACUACAAGAUUUACUUGUAAAGGACAAAAGUUAUAUCAUUACAUGGGUUGUUCUACAUUCAGUCAAUAUACAGUUUUGUCAGAAAUAUCAGUUGCAAAGAUUAAUCCUAAAGCACCACUCGAUAAAGUUUGUUUACUCGGAUGUGGUAUAACGACAGGUUACGGAGCAGCCACAAAAACUGCUAAUGUUCAGCCUGGAUCUACAGUAGCAGUAUUUGGUUGUGGUGGUGUUGGUUUAUCUGUAAUUCAAGGCGCUGCAGCACGCAAAGCAAGUCAAAUUAUUGCCGUAGAUAAAAAUCCAAAGAAAUUUGAAUAUGCCAAGAAACUUGGAGCAACUGAUUUUGUCAAUCCUGAUGACUAUGAUAAGCCAAUUCAACAAGUUCUGAUUGAAAUGACAGAUGGAGGACUUGAUUACACAUUUGAGUGUAUAGGAAAUACAAAAUUAAUGAGAGCAGCACUUGAAUCAUGCCAUAAAGGAUGGGGAGAAUCAAUUAUUAUUGGAGUUGCCGGUGCAGGUGAAGAAAUUAGUACUCGCCCAUUCCAACUUGUUACUGGUAGAGUAUGGAAAGGAAGUGCAUUUGGUGGUGUAAAAGGGAGAAGUGAAUUACCAAGUUUAGUUGAAAAUUAUCUUGAAAAGAAGUUUGAAAUUGAUAUGUUUGCUACUCAUCAAUUUAAGUUGGGAGACAUUAAUAAAGCUUUUGAAAUUAUGCAUGAUGGUGAUUGUAUUCGUGCAGUUAUUAGUUUUGAAUAAUUCAUGUAAUAAGGAAAUAGCUUUUGAAUAAAAAUACUUUUUGACUCAUAUUAUAUUUUAUUAUUUACAUCAAUUGCGAUACAUUCUCAAUAUACUACAAAAGCUUCAUUUUUUUAACGAAGAUUCGAGUUCAAUUCCAUUCUUAAGUUGACGGCUUUUUUGAACUUGUUCACCAAUUACUACCUUUAACUCAUCAUGAAAAGCUUUUAGUUACCUAUUAAUAGAAUAUAAGUUCAAUAUAAAUAUUAACUUUUUAAUGAGAGUUCAGUAGAUUUUCUAUUUGUUUCACCUUAAAGAUGAAUAAACCAGAGAAUUGGAACGCCCGAGGCGUUUCAUAAAGCAUUACGCAUUAGCAAUUUUAAUCAUUUUUAUUUUACACAAUAAAAAAAUUUUCUUUACAUUAUAAUGUAAA